AUGGCGCAAGUUAGCAACAUUGCCAAAGGCAUCCAAACCACCAAUUUCGGUCCCAACCUCUCAAAACCCCAAAAUCACAAGCUCCCCCAAUCUGUGUGGUUUGGAUCGAAACUGAGAGAUUCUGAAAAUAUUUUGUGUUUGAACCAUGUAAAGAUUGCUUCUUUUAAUAAAUCAGAUAACACUGUUAGACUUCCACUUAGAAUUUCGGCAUCCGUUGCCACCGCCGAGAACCCGUCAACUGCUCCGGAGAUCGUGUUACAACCCANGAUUGCUUCUUUUAAUAAAUCAGAUAACACUGUUAGACUUCCACUUAGAAUUUCGGCUUCCGUUGCCACCGCCGAGAACCCGUCAACUGCUCCGGAGAUCGUGUUACAACCCAUUACAGAGAUCUCCGGUACCGUUAAGUUGCCGGGUUCCAAGUCGCUUUCCAAUAGGAUUCUCCUCCUAGCUGCCCUCUCUGAGGGAACCACUGUUGUAGACAACUUAUUGCACAGUGAUGAUAUCCACUACAUGCUUGGAGCCUUGAGGACACUUGGGCUACGUGUGGAAGAAGAUAGUGCAAUCAAACGAGCAACUGUGGAAGGUUGUGGUGGUCUGUUCCCCUUGGGUAAAGAAUCAAGGGAUGAAAUCCAACUUUUCCUGGGCAAUGCAGGAACAGCAAUGCGUCCAUUGACUGCUGCAGUUGUUGCUGCUGGUGGAAAUUCAAGCUACAUACUUGAUGGGGUUCCCCGAAUGAGAGAGAGGCCAAUUGGUGACUUGGUCACAGGUCUUAAGCAGCUUGGUGCAGAUGUUGAUUGUUUCCUUGGCACAAACUGUCCCCCUGUACGAGUAGUUGGGAAGGGAGGCCUCCCAGGGGGAAAGGUGAAGCUCGCUGGGUCUGUCAGUAGUCAAUACCUGACUGCUUUGCUGAUGGCAGCUCCUUUGGCUCUAGGAGAUGUGGAGAUUGAGAUUAUUGAUAAACUGAUAUCUGUACCUUAUGUUGAGAUGACUUUGAAAUUGAUGGAACGCUUUGGGGUUACUGUAGAGCAUAGUGAUAGCUGGGAUAGGUUCUUGAUCCGAGGAGGUCAAAAGUACAAGUCUCCUGGAAAUGCUUAUGUCGAAGGUGAUGCCUCAAGUGCUAGUUACUUUUUAGCUGGUGCAGCUGUUACAGGUGGAACCAUAACAGUUGAAGGUUGUGGGACAAGCAGUUUACAGGGAGACGUCAAAUUUGCUGAGGUUCUUGAGAAAAUGGGUGCUACAGUUACCUGGACAGAGAACAGCGUCACGGUCACAGGCCCAUCCCGGAAUUCUUCUGAAAGGAAACACUUGCGUGCCAUCGAUGUCAACAUGAACAAAAUGCCAGAUGUUGCCAUGACACUAGCUGUAGUUGCACUUUUUGCUGAUGGUCCCACUGCCAUAAGAGAUGUGGCUAGCUGGAGAGUGAAGGAAACUGAACGGAUGAUUGCCAUUUGCACAGAACUCCGAAAGUUGGGAGCAACAGUUGAAGAAGGUCCAGAUUACUGUGUGAUUACCCCUCCAGAGAAAUUAAAUGUGACUGCAAUAGACACAUAUGAUGAUCACAGAAUGGCUAUGGCCUUUUCUCUUGCUGCCUGUGCAGAUGUUCCAGUCACAAUCAAUGAUCCUGGUUGCACUCGGAAAACCUUCCCCGACUACUUUGAAGUCCUGCAAAGAAUGGCUAUGGCCUUUUCUCUUGCUGCCUGUGCAGAUGUUCCAGUCACAAUCAAUGAUCCUGGUUGCACUCGGAAAACCUUCACCGACUACUUUGAAGUCCUGCAAAGGUUUGCAAAGCAUUGA